AUAACAUUUUAUUUUUACGCAUCACAUCAAAAAAAAAUUUGAAAAAUUAACAUAAAAACAUCUCUUUCUUAAAUUUUCAAAAAGUCAAUAAAGGAAAAGGAAGAUGUUUCAGGACGGACGAAGGGUCGCGGCGGCCGCCGGCGUGGAUGACGACGGCCGAGGCCGGGCGAUGCCGGAAAGUGACGUGGAUCUGCUAGAGUUCCCGCUGAAUUUGGAGUACUUGGAAGCGGAGUUCUUCUUGUGGGGUGCUUUGGGUCAUGGCAUUGAUAGAUUCGACCCCGGACUUUCCUCCGGCGGCCCGUCUCCGAUCGGCGUAACCGCCGCCAAAUUGAGUCCCCUCGUGAGGGAUAUUAUCGCUCAAUUUGGGUUUCAAGAAGUUGGGCAUUUGAGGGCCAUCAAAGAAACGGUUCCAGGUUUUGCGAGGCCGCUACUGAAUUUGAGCAAAGAAGCAUUUGGUACAGUUAUGGACAACGCAUUCGGGCGCCCCUUGAGACCGCCUUUUGAUCCCUACGCCAGCGAUCUCAAUUUCCUUAUCGCAAGUUACGUUGUUCCUUACGUUGGACUCACCGGCUACGUUGGAGCAAACCCCAAACUCCGUAGCGCCACCGCCAAAAGGUUAGUGGCGGGACUUCUGGGGGUGGAAUCAGGGCAAGACGCAGUGCUAAGGACGUUGCUUUACGAACGGAAGAAGGAAGUGGUGGCGCCGUACGGGAUGACGGUGGCGGAAUUCACCGGCCACAUUUCCGCGCUGAGGAACAAGCUGGGUAAAAAGGGGCUGAAAGAUGAAGGGUUGAUCGUGAAGCCAACCGAGGGGCCGGAGGGGAAGACCUCCGGCAACAUUCUCGCCGGAGAUCAGCAUUCGUUGGCCUACGACCGGACGCCGGAGGAGAUACUGAGAAUUGUUUAUGGGACCGGGAAAGAAAACAAGCCCGGCGGUUUUUACCCCAAGGGUGGUGAUGGAAAAAUUGCCAAGUCCUUUCUUGACUGAUUAAAUUAAUAAGAAUCCCACUAUAUGUACUCCAUAAUCUAUGACAACAAUUCAAAACUUUUUUUUCUCUCCCUCGCUACUUCUGGUUUAAAUGUGCACAACUUUUCAAAUGGACAAAAUCAUACUAUCUUCGUGUCAUAUAUUUCUUCUGAUUUGAUACACCUUUAAAAUGAGUAGUUUUAUUAUUUACUUUUAAUUAUGACUGAAGAAUGUAUAUUUUCCUUCAAUAAUUGUAUGAGAGUAUAUGUGUUUAUAUAUACAAGUAUUCUUAAUCCUACGUAAGGUAGGAGAAUAUAAUAGGACACAAGAU